UUUUCAUUUCUUUUCUAUAUUCAUAGGUUUUAUUUUUGGGUUGUAUGCAACAAAGUUUGAAAGACGAAGAUGGCUGCUAAGAUGAGCAGUGGCCUCCUGACGGGACUCCUUCUCUUCUUUCUGGUUCUGGUGAUGAUUCAGGUCGGUGAGGCUAUAUUGCAAGACAUGCCUCCCACUGAUACAAGGUGCGUGUGUCAAGAAAUCAAUAGUAAUGUAGACAUAAUCUCCGAGGAUCAUUCCACUAUCUCAGUUAAGUUGAACUUCCCAUACAACAAAAAUAUUAGCAUCAACGUUGGCCGCUGUAAAACUACUCAGAAAGAAAAGAUCGAGGGAAUGGAGGUGGAGAUUAGAAAACUUGAAGGCACAGUCAAAGCCAUCCAUGAAAAUCUACUCAAGCUAAUAAACGGAGACGCCGAUGUGAUAACAGUGAGUGCGAACACCAACACACUAUUAGCUUCGUACAGUGUAAUGGCGGUGAUUAUUUGCAUUAUGGUCUCUGUUUAUCAAGUAGUCUGCUUGAAGGCAUACAUAGAGGCGAACAAACUUACAUAAAGAUUUGUGAUUCAUCGAGAUCCUUUUCCAUACUUUUUUAUGUUGAAUUAUAUUCAGGUUUCUCUUUUCUAUCUUUUUUUUUUGGUAAAAUUCUCCUUUCUAUCUUUCUUGUUCACACUGUGAAAUCAUAUUAUUGCAUAAAGGUAUUCUAGCUUC